UUGGCAAGGAGACCCCGCGCCUUACACGGAGAGGUGAAACCAAGAUGGCGGCGGUGUUGAGAGACUGAGGCGGAGAGGGAGAAGGAGGCUAACGGCUUGAGCAUCUGCCCGGCGAGGGGCUCCGCGGGGAGGCCCGCCGCUCGGGCCCGGGGCAGGCCACGCGAGGCCGGCGGGGGAGCCGGAGGGGAGUGGAAGGAGAGCCGGAGACGGAAGAACAUGGCGGCGGCGGAGGAGGAGAAGAAGAAGAGAGAGGGAGAAGGAGUCCGGCCGGAAGUGCUGCCUGUGAUGCCUUCCGUGUAGGCCGCGGCCUUGUCAGUCUCGGCUUCUUCUUCUCAGCGUCAGCAUUGCUACUCCUUCUCUCUCUCUGUCUCUCUGUGUGUGUGUCUGUUCUCUUGCCUUUCUCCCCAUUCUCCUCUUGUCACUUUACCCCAGAUCACUUUGCCUUCCUAUCCCCCCUCUCACAGAGUCCCCAUUGGCAAAUCCUCGCAUUUCAACACACACAAACACACACCCCAUAUUAGACUUUUUACUCCCUAUCCCUUCAUAAUAAGACAUAUACACACACUCCCCAUAUUAAUGUGGGUUCCACUUUAGUCACGCCUUUCCCAUUACUACCAAUCCCUUCAUAUUAACACACACGCACACACACACUCCCCAUGUUAUUGUGGGGUCCCCUUUAGUCACGCCUUGCCAUUUUGGCUCCAUUCUUCUCAAUCUCUUGUUGUUCUCUGUUUCUUCUCCUCAGCUCUUCCUGGCCUCUCCCAUUUCUCUCCCUCUCUCUUUGGCUUCACUGAAAACAAGUUCUGUCGUGGAAAGCAGCCCUCUUCCUCCUCCUUUUUUGUUCCACUGCAAAACUUCAAAGCACCCACCCCUUUGGGGGAUGAUGGUGAAGGCGAGGAGGAGGAGGCAGCAGCUCCUUUAGCAGUGCCAACAAAGAGAACAGCUUGAGGUCUUAUUGUGUGGGACUGUUCACUCCCUUCCCUGCUCUGCUUUAUUGAGGGGGGCACGGGCCCCCCCAUCACCCUUUGCACCCCGGCCUCGGUGAUCGUGGCAAGAGGCAGGAUGACCGACACCCGGCGGAGGGUGAAGGUGUACACGCUGAAUGAAGACAGGCAGUGGGACGACCGGGGCACUGGACAUGUGUCCUCUGGCUAUGUGGAAAGGCUGAAGGGCAUGUCCCUGCUAGUCAGGGCCGAGAGCGAUGGUUCUCUUCUCCUUGAGUCUAAGAUCAACCCAAAUACUGCGUACCAGAAGCAACAGGACACACUGAUUGUGUGGUCUGAAGCAGAGAACUAUGACCUCGCACUUAGCUUUCAAGAAAAAGCUGGCUGUGAUGAAAUAUGGGAAAAAAUAUGUCAGGUCCAAGGAAAAGACCCUUCAGUGGAUAUUACUCAGGAUCUGGUGGAUGAAUCUGAGGAGGAACGCUUCGAUGAUAUGUCAUCACCAGGUCUAGAGUUGCCAUCUUGUGAAUUAAGUCGAUUAGAAGAAAUUGCAGAACUUGUGGCAUCUUCCCUGCCUUCACCAUUACGGCGUGAAAAACUUGCUCUAGCACUGGAAAAUGAGGGCUAUAUUAAAAAGCUCUUAGAAAUUUUUCACGUAUGUGAGGAUUUGGAGAACACUGAAGGACUGCACCAUUUGUAUGAAAUUAUUAAGGGAAUCUUCCUUUUGAAUAGAACUGCCCUUUUUGAAGUCAUGUUUUCUGAAGAAUGUAUAAUGGAUGUAAUUGGAUGCCUAGAAUAUGAUCCGUCUUUAUCACAGUCACGGAAACACAGGGAAUUUCUGACAAAAACUGCAAAAUUUAAGGAAGUUAUUCCAAUAUCUGAUCCAGAGCUGAAGCAAAAAAUACACCAGACCUAUAGAGUACAGUAUAUUCAAGAUAUGGUUCUACCUACUCCUUCGGUAUUUGAGGAAAACAUGUUAUCAACGCUUCAUUCAUUCAUCUUUUUUAAUAAAGUAGAAAUAGUUGGUAUGUUACAGGAAGAUGAAAAAUUUUUGACUGACUUAUUUGCACAACUUACAGAUGAAGCUACAGAUGAGGAAAAGAGGCAAGAAUUGGUAAACUUCUUGAAAGAGUUCUGUGCAUUUUCUCAAACAUUACAGCCUCAAAACAGAGAUGCUUUUUUCAAAACAUUGUCUAAUAUGGGCAUUCUUCCAGCACUAGAAGUCAUCCUGGGUAUGGAUGACGCCCAAGUGCGAAGUGCAGCUACUGAUAUAUUCUCCUAUUUGGUUGAAUACAAUCCAUCUAUGGUACGAGAAUUUGUCAUGCAGGAAGCGCAGCAGAAUGAUGAUGAUAUCUUACUCAUUAACCUCAUCAUAGAACACAUGAUUUGUGAUACAGAUCCUGAACUUGGAGGAGCAGUCCAGCUGAUGGGUCUGUUGCGUACCUUGGUGGAUCCAGAAAAUAUGCUUGCUACUGCCAAUAAAACAGAAAAGACGGAAUUCUUGGGUUUCUUCUACAAACAUUGUAUGCAUGUCCUUACUGCACCUUUAUUGGCCAAUACUACAGAGGAAAAGCCUAGUAAAGAUGAUUUUCAGACAGCCCAGCUGUUGGCCUUGAUAUUAGAAUUGCUAACUUUCUGUGUAGAACAUCAUACAUACCAUAUAAAGAACUACAUUAUUAACAAGGAUAUCCUUCGAAGAGUGUUAGUCCUGAUGGCUUCGAGUCAUGCUUUCCUAGCACUAUGUGCCCUUCGUUUUAAAAGAAAGAUAAUUGGAUUGAAGGACGAAUUCUACAAUCGCUAUAUAAUGAAAAGUUUCUUGUUUGAACCAGUGGUCAAAGCAUUUCUCAGCAAUGGAUCCCGGUAUAAUCUGAUGAACUCUGCUAUCAUAGAGAUGUUUGAAUUCAUUCGAGUGGAAGAUAUAAAAUCCUUAACAGCUCACGUAAUUGAAAAUUACUGGAAAGCUCUAGAAGAUGUAGACUAUGUGCAGACAUUCAAAGGUUUGAAAUUGCGCUAUGAACAACAAAGGGAAAGACAAGAUAAUCCCAAGCUUGACAGCAUGCGUUCCAUCUUGAGAAACCAUAGAUAUCGGAGAGAUGCAAGGACCUUGGAGGAUGAGGAGGAGAUGUGGUUUAACACCGAUGAAGAUGAUAUGGAGGAUGGAGAAGCUGUUGUGCCACCCUCAGACAAAAGUAAAAACGAUGAGGAUAUAAUGGAUCCUAUAAGUAAAUUUAUGGAGAGAAAAAAAUUUAAAGAAAAUGAAGAAAAGGAGGUCCUUCUAAAAACUAAUCUCUCCGGUCGGCAGAGCCCAAGUUUCAAACUUUCCUUCUCUAGUAGUACAAAAGCUAACCUCACCAGCCAGUCAUCUGCAAGUAAUUUGCCUGGGUCUCCUGGAUCUCCAGGAUCUCCUGGGUCACCGGGCUCUCCUGGAUCGGUUUCUAAAAGCACAUCUCAAAUGGCAGCUAUAACUACCAAGGGUGGAUUAGUGGGUCUUGUAGAUUAUCCUGAUGAUGAUGAUGAAGAUGAUGAAGAAAGCCUACCUUUGUCACAGAAAGCAAAGCUAGAAUCCUCAUAAUGACAGCUUGGAAGAUCCGUAUCAGCCGAAUGAUAUACUCAGUUUCUGGGAGGGUGGGAGAGUCCGUAAUUGAAAACUGCAAUUUCUGUGUAUAACACAGUUCAAUUUGUUUUUUUUUAAAUGGAUUUCUGCUGAUCAAGUGCCAAUUUGAAGGAGCAGAAGAAAAGGAAAUACACGCUUUAUGGGAAAGACAUGCCUUUGACCUCUCCAGCUUGGACCACGCAUUGCCCUUUUCUCAGGGAAGGAAAUGGAAAAAUAUAAAGCCAACAGGGCAGGAAUUUUGGUAGUGGAAUUCUGGAUUGGCUGUUCAGUUGUUACAAUCAGAACAUGCUUUCUUGGACCAUGUACAAGACUUUGAAGAAAAGGCUCUUCUGCCGUAGUUCUUCACUUGCUAAGAAUGCCAGCAGUUUCUUUGUGUAAAGAGACCUGCCUUUGAAACCAUACAUUCUGAACAUUUUAGUCGAGCUACAACAGGUUUUUUAAAAUGAAACUCUUUGGGGGAAGGCUGAACAUAAGUUUCCUCUUUUUUAAUCCGUUCCCUUUUGCCCUUUAAACUGCAGAUUUUUGUUUGGAGGUGGGGGAUUUCUCUAUCCCUUGAUUAAAAAAAGAUUGAAUGGAAUUCUAGAUGUCACUUACGUGUCAUAAUUUUAUUUUUAUUUUGCCCCGAGUGUAUGCUUAGGUGUUGAGUAUAUAUUUGGGACCAUUAAAAAUUUUUGAUGUAAUAUAA